AUGCAUCAAGAAACGGUCUGCGCCUGCGUGAGACCGUCGACGGGUGUGCGAGGUGCGGAGGGUCGCAAGGCCGGGGCGAAGAGCGGAGGGGAACGUAACGUCACUUCGAACAACGUAACUAUUAUACUGCUAAAUGUAAAAGCGUCGUCUGCCGAGGGUCGUGUGGCCUUUAACAACACAACUCUCCCGGUGGAAUUAAAACUUGCCUGCGUCGCUCGAGAGUCGUCCAACGACCAACACGGUUACGCGAAGUAG